AUGUACUUCUUCCUGUCUGACCUCUUCCUCGUGAACCCCUGCUUCACUACCAGCAUCAUCCCCCAGCCUCUGUGGAACCUCCAGGGCCCCUCCAAGACCAUUACCGUGGUCGGUUGUGCAGUGCAGCUCUAUGUCUUCCUGGCCUUGGAGCGCAUCCUUCUGGACAUCAUGGCCUUGGACCAUAACGCCGCCGUCUGCCGACCCUUUCACUACACUACCGUCAUGCACCCGCGGCUCUGCUGGACACCGGUGGGAUUAGCCUGGCUGAGCUGGGUGGGGGACACCGCGAUUCAGGCCACCGUCAUCUUCCACCUGCCCCGCUGCGGACACCGACGACUUCCCCACUUCUUCUCCGAGAUGUCCGCCAUGCUCAAGCUAGCCUGUGUGGACGUCUGGGCCAAUGAGGUCCAACUCUUCGUGGGCAUUCUGGUUCUGAUUCUCCUGCCCUUGAGCCUGAUCACGGUCUCCUAUGGAUCCAUCGUCCGGGCCGUACUGAGGAUCAAGUCCAUCCGAGUCUGGAGGAAGGCCCUGGGCACCUGCGGAUCCCACCUCCUGGUGGUCACUCUCUUCUACGGGUCCAACACCGUGGUCUACAUCUGGCCCAACAGCUCCUUCUCCGGGACUUUGGACAAGUUCCUGACCCUCUUCUACACCAUGGUGGACCCAAAUGACUCCUGUGUCAAUGGGGAUUUGAUAGUCAUUUCCUUUCUUGAGGUUUUAUCAUGA